AUGCCACAAGUGGACUGGUCUUUACACUUUCAACCUCCGGGGAAUGCUGCAGUCGAGAGUAUGUUUGACGUGAUCAAUUUCCUAAGUCUGCGGCAGCACAACACCAUUCUAAACUCAAGAGGAGUUCUGCUGGAUCUAGUUUUUUCAACGGAUGAAGGGAUUAAUAUUACGGCUGCCUCUGAUCCUAUACUUUAUGAAGAGGCCUUCCACCCGGCACUGGAAUUUGUGCUACUUUUUGGCUGUUCUGGUGUUGAUAAUUGUGAUGUGGUUUUCCAUGAUCUCAGACAGAGUACCAUCGACAAUGUCAGAGCCUGGCUUGCGUCCCUGAAUUACCCUGAUCCCAGCUGUCUGGACAUUGAAGCCUCCUUCAACAGGUUCUGUUUGAAUAUGGGGAGUUCUAUAAAGACAAAUUCACCUGUAAGAAGAAAGAAUGGGUCUACUUAUCCUCGAUGGGUUACCCGGGAACUUAGACAAUUGAUUUCACAGAAGAAACUACUCAACCGAAACUACAAAACUUCUCUUCUAGACUGUGAUUAUGAAGCUUUCAGAGUGGUCAGGCGGCAGUGCAAAACUCUUUCCAACGCAUGCCAACAGGAGUUUUUUGUUACUAUCAACAAUAGCAUAAAGGAAAACCCCCGAUCCUUUUGGGGUCAUAUGAAGUCCUUAAGUAAGGCUAACACUGUACCCAGCAGACUUCAAUAUGGCUUAGUCUUAGCUUAUGAACCCCAGGGUAUGUGUGACUUAUUCUCUGAUUACUUCUCAACCGUCUACACUCCACAUGCUGACUGUCAUACUGAUUACAAUUAUGAAUCCAACAUCAACGUUUCGUCCUGUCUUUUCUCGGCCACUGAGAUUGAAAGAAAACUACAGGACCUUGAUGCCUCCAAGGGACCUGGACCGGAUGGCAUAACUCCGGCCGUUGUGAAGCCAUGCAGUGAUCUUCUGGCUCCUCACCUAGCUGUUUAUCUCAACAGGCUGCUGCAUGAUGGCUCUUUUCCGAACUCGUUGAAGCCUGGUUAUCUUGUACCAGUUCAUAAAUCUGGAUCUACAUCUAAAGUAACAAAUUACCGCCCUAUUGUGAUUCAGUCAGUGUUUGCCAAGAUUUUUGAAAGUUUGAUCCUGGACGUAUUAUCCUUUAAAUUUAAGAGUGUCUUCAUCCCACAGCAGCAUGGCUUUCGCCCUGGAAAAUCAACGACCACCAAUCUUUGUGUCUUCACCCUAGAUAGAUCACAGAAUGCUCCAAGAGCACUCUGCGAUCCAUCCAAAGCCCUCAAGACAUGUGUGACCAAUUCAAACACUGCCAUCUGA